AUGAAUCUUUAUGGAUUUCGAAAGCUUCCUAUGAACUCUGGAAGUCUUUCUCAGAGUGGUAAAUUUGGAAGAGACAUCAAAGCAGUUAAUAGAUCUGCUUGCAAGGACCUGUAUUCUAUUGCAGAUGAAGCAGUUCUUCAUACAGCCAGGCAUGAUAAUGCCGUGGGAAACCACAGAAUUACAAAUGGAGCAUGUCAUUAUUACCUCCACCCAAACUUCAAGAAAGGACACCCGGAGUUAUUAGUCAAUGUGAAGAGACUGACCGGUGUUAACAAAGCCAAACUAAAAGCAGGAAUGGAGGUAACAUGUCGGCAACCCAGCCAGAAGAGGAAGUACCUUUCAUAUUCUUUUGAUUUCUCAGAAAAAGAAAGACUAGAAAACCAAGAUCUUGAGCAGGUACAUCAACCUCUCCAUUCAUCUGCAUCUCCAGCAAACCAAAUCAGUUUACAAUGCAAGAAAAAUCUUGAGGAGGAUCCAGUUUUACAGCCCAUGUGGUCAAACAGUCCUGAGGCUUACAUGAGAGAAAAUGACAGAUAUUUCUCCAAGCACGGCACCCCCGUUUCUCAUAUGGAAAAAUUCUUUCCACAAGCUUCAAACACCAUGCAAUUCAUUUCCAGGCCACAACAUGCAGAGCUGGAUUCUUCAAGAACCAUGGACCAAAAUUUCGACUGGUGUAUAAUUCCAUCAGCCCAGCUGCAUCCAGCAUCUUGCGUAAAAGAAAUGUGUUAUGGCUGCCCUCCUUCUUCUUUUAACUCAGUGUCAACAAACUUUGUUCAACAUUUUUACACCUUUCCCCACUACAACAGUUGUCAGAUGCCAUGUCCAGUGUGGGCACAGAAAUCAUCCAAUCCCAGGUGUCAGUGCACCAGCUCAUGCCUGGUAAAUGUGGACACCAAUCUGUUUCACGGCCAGGUGCAACCUGAAUCUACUUCAAAGGAGCAGCCGCUUUCAAACGCUGGAAAUCAUAUUUCUGAUAAUACACUUUCACAGAUGAUCCCAAUACCACCAGUUACACCAUCAGCCCUGAAAAACAGCCAAAUGCCUACUGCACCCAAGAGCCAGACUGAUGGAACAGCCUGUUCAGUUUCCAUUUCUGAUGCAUCAGGCGUUCUGGUUUCUUCACUGCAAGAACAAAGCAGCCACUGUUCACAAUCUUGGAUUUCCAGACACUUUGAACAGAACAAGUGUGCAUUGCCAAGUGAACAAUCCCUGAUAUCCUUGAAGGAUGGAAGCGUGACGUCUUACACACACAGUGAAACUAUAAGCAGUAUACUACAAAGUCAACCUCCCAGUACAAUCUCAUGCAAUUAG